CACACUUCUUCGAGUCUUCUUCCCAUCGCUAGAAGCCAUGGCGAGCGUCAAUUCCCCUCAGUCUGAACCUCAGCUUGGCCCACAGCCAGAUAUGAGGCUUCUAACAGAAGGACUUGAGCAAGCCACGUCGGGACUCCAGCAAGCCACCACGGGACUCCAGCAAGCUGGCACCGAGUUGGCAAAUUUUGCCAACCUUCCUCCUAUUGCUCAGACCAUUGCAAUCAUACAGCAGAUGCAACAGAUCCAGCAACAGAUGCAACAAAAUCAUCAACAAAUCCAGCAGCAGAUCCAGCAACAGAUGCAACAAAACCAUCAACAAAUCCAGCAGCAGAUCCAGCAACAGAUGCAACAAAACCAUCAACAAAUCCAGCAGCAGAUCCAGCAACAGAUCCAGCAACUCCGCACUGAUAUCACAACAAGUCAGCAGGCAGCCGAAUACAACUCUAUUGCCCGCCUUCAAAACUCUGGUAUUAGAAGACCCGACGCCCCUCUUACCGCACUACGUGAAUAUACGACAAACGCCGACGUCGAAGGUUUUCCUGCCACACCGGCUCAGCUUUCAAAUAUGUCAGGUCCCGCGCUAGAUCGUGUGUUAACAGUACUAAACCUGCCUACCAACGGCACGUCUGCGGAUAAGAAGCAGCGGCUGAGAUUCUACGUUGGGUUGGCAGAUGCACGUUAGCAAUAAGGAAGAUGCUAGCAUACUAGAAUGGAUGGUUAGAACGGAAUGAAUAUUGCUUCAGUUGCAGCUUGCAAGGGUUCUUUAGCUACACUUGCUAAGGGUCUCUAACUAUACCUGCUCAACCUAACAUACGGUUAACGUAAUACGGCGACAAAGCCAUAAACUUUUUGUACUAUUGCUAGAGUUACU